AAAUAGAAAAGUUGUUCAUUAUAAUGUGGCCCCAUAGACAGGAGAGGAGAUGAGAGGAGAGGGAGGGUGGAAUAGCGGUGAGAGAGUGAAAGACCGCCAGCGCAAGAUCCAGCGCCGUCCAGAGCCGUCGACGAGGAAGUGUAAUUGACCUGCGAUGUGGAGGAAGGAAAGCAGCUCAUCUCUGUAGGUCCAGGAGACAGCGUUACCCAUCAGAGUGCGCGGACUGGUGACCACAGCGUACUGGGAACUGUCGGGAUGUCAAGGGAAUAAUAUAAGUAAUCAUGUGCCUUAUUGGUACCAAGUCGGUGCCACCUCAGUGGUAAGGUUUGUAGAGAAAAGGGAAGCGAAGGAGGAGGGGUAUACAGCCUGGCAGACAGGUGCGAUUCUGCAGCCUGUUUCAUUUUCUCUCCGUCCUAUUAAGUAAUAGAGCCAUGGAUACCCGCAAGGAAAACAAGGUAAGGAAACCCAUGAAACCGAAAACGACGAAGCGAAAAGAGAAUAAAUACAAAACCGGGAGGUUUGCCAGGAGGAAGUCGGUGCGAUCUUUUGGGAAUUUCAUGGGAAGGAUCCUUAAAACUUUGGGCACUUUGGCGCACUUUGGCGACGUUGAACCGCCGGACGCUGAGGACGACGACGGCGGCUUCGGGCGAAGCGCUUCUGGGGGUUUCAAAGACGACUCGUCGCAGAUCUCCAGGGAGGGCACCGUGAAGAAGAGCAACACGGUUUCCUCCACUCACGGCUCGGUGAAAGACAGGCUGUCGUGGUGCUACGGCGACAAAACCCCCGGGGUGCUGGGACUGAAGAACCACGGCAACACCUGUUUCAUGAACGCCGUGGUUCAGUGCCUCAGCAACACGGACCUGCUGGCCGAAUACCUCGGGCUGGAGCAGUACAAGUCGGAUAUAAGCCACCGGAGGGUGAACGGGGAGGUGAGAGGCGAAGAGAGGCAGACCGCCAGGGGAGAAGUGACCGAGCAACUGGCGUCGCUGGUUAGAGCGCUGUGGACGCUGGAAUACACGCCGCAGCUGUCUGUGGACUUCAAGAGCACUGUGGCCAAGUACAGCUCUCAGUUUCGGGGAAACUCUCAGCAUGAUGCCCUCGAAUUCCUCCUCUGGCUUUUGGACAGAGUUCAUGAAGAUGCUAAUUCCAGCCCCAACAACAACAGUAGCAGCAGCAGCAGCAAGACCAAAGCCAACGCAAAGGGACCCAGUUCAUUGGAGGAUCCUUCAAGUCCCAGUUCAGCCAGCACACAGCAGCCUCAAAACAGACACAGUUUUGUCCAGGAACACUUCCAGGCUCAGUACAGGUCCUCUCUUACGUGCCCUCAUUGCCUUAAGCAGAGCAACACCUUUGACCCAUUUUCAUGUAUCUCCCUGCCUAUUCCCCUACGACAAACCAGGCCGAUAUGUGUGACGCUGGUGUUCAGUUCAAAGGGUCAAAGGUACCUGCGGGUAGGGUUGGCUGUACCUCUCUUUGGUCCCCUGUCCUGCCUGCGAACCAUGGUGGCAGAGGAGGGCAACAUCUCCCCAGACCAGGUCAUCCUAUCAGAGUUGUACUCCACGGGUUUCCAGCGUUCAUUUUCCGAUGAUGAUGACCUGACAGCAGUUGCUGAUAGCGACGUCGUUUACGCUUUUCAGGCUCCUCCCCUCUAUAGUCGUGGAGGCUCUGCACCGCACUCAGGGUAUCACCACAGCCUCCCCUCCUCCCCUUACACCUCUACGGCCGGGCCUGAUGGUCAGAGGUUACCUCCAUCUGGCACCCUCUCCUCUGAAUACCUGAACCAGGGAGGCUCCAGAAAAGUCCUCCUCCUAAUCUGCAACACAGCAGGAUCUGGCCAGCAGGCUGUCAGGUUUGGACCUCCAUUUCUCAUGCAUGAGGACAGGAGCAUCUCCUGGGACCAGCUGCAGCAGAGCAUCCUCAGCAAGCUCUAUUAUUUGAUGCUGAAUGGAUCUCAGGCUCAGAAUGCUGGGGUGUUCUUUAAGAUCAGAGUUGUGGGAGGCUCUGCAUCCUACAGCUACCUGUCCCCACAGGACAGCAGGCCACUGUACCACCCUGCCGUUGACAGAGCUCUGAAGUUCUGUGGCCCCGGGGGUCCUGCCCAUGUGAAGAUUGUCCUUGAGUGGGAGCACAAGACUAAAGAAUGUCUGUUUGGCAGCAUCCAGGAGGAGGUGGUGAAGGAUGCAGAGAGUGUGAGGAACCAGCAGCAGCAGCACCUGCAGCAGCAUAGCUGUACCUUAGAUGAGUGCUUCCAGCUGUAUACCAAAGAAGAACAGCUUGCCCCAGACGAUGCCUGGAAGUGUCCCCACUGUAAGCAGCUUCAGCAGGGAAUGGUGAAGAUGAGCCUCUGGACUCUUCCUGACAUACUGAUCCUCCAUCUCAAGCGCUUCCGACAGGUAGGUGAGCGGAGGAACAAGCUGUCAACCCUGGUGCGCUUCCCCCUGACUGGUUUGGACAUGGCCCCUCAUGUAGUAAAGAGGAGUCAGAGUAUGAAGAACCUGAACUCUGGGGCCUGGCCACCUACCUUGAAGCAGCCUUCAGGCCAACACCUCCAACCUGCCGACAUGAUCCUCCCCCACGAAUAUCUGUACGACCUCUACGCUGUGUGUAACCAUCAUGGAGGAAUGCAUGGAGGACAUUAUACUGCUUACUGUAGGAACUCAGUGGAUGGACAGUGGUAUAGCUACGAUGACAGCAGCGUAGACCUGGUGCCAGAGGAAGAAGUAUGUACCAGAGGAGCCUACAUCCUCUUCUACCAGAGACGCAACACCAUUCCUCCAUGGUCGGCCAGUUCCUCCGUCAGAGGAUCUACAAGUUCAUCAAUGUCAGAUCAUUGGCUAAUCCGCUUGACAGGGGACAGUAAGAGAGGCAGCCUGGUGUCUCGAUCCUCUACUGCCUGCCCAUCUUCCAUACCUGACUCACCCGAGUCUCCAGUCUUCCUUGAGAAUGGUUCUAAAGAGGAAAGAGGGGGUUUUGAGAACAGGCCAUUUAUCAGGGGUCUUCAGGGACGCAGUGUGAGCAUGAGAGCCCCCAGCAAGACCAAGGACACCCUGAGCAAAGUGCUUCCUAUGCGCUGGUCCUUGGGUUCAAAGGACAGACGGAAACCUGAUCCAGUGCCUCAGUCUGCCCAAGAUCCUGCCCCUGUGGAGCUCGUACAGUACUUGGAAUCUGGCAGACGGCCCCGUUGCACAAAGGAUCCUAUAGUAACAUUGAUGAGCGAACCACGCAGUACAAAGGAAGCUGCUGGGGGCCGGGCUGCAGCCAAUGUCCGAUCUUCCAGCGUUGGGAGCAUCAGUUGUGUGGGUAAGACAGGAAAUGAGCUGCCAUACGAGGCUGCACAGGUCCCGGAGGGCCAGAGGAGGCUGUCAGAUAAGACAGGCAGUUUGAGACGCAGCAAGGGGAGCCAGACAAGAGAUGACAGGACCAUGAAUAUCAGCAGUAGCUCUAACAGUAACACCCUCACCAGGAGGAAGGAUGCCAGGAAGCAGAGCUCCUCCAAAAUCUCCCUGGAUACUGAGACAAAAAGGAGUUCCAGUGCUGGAGUUCAGCCCAGCUUCAGCACUCCCAGCCUUCAAGACGGGACUUUGAGAAGACAAAAAGGGGACAGGGUGGAUACGGAACACCAUGGUACAUUUGAAGGAAACUCUAAGACCAAAAAAGGAGAAAUUCCCAAGAGCCAUGAUGGACUACUCUCCUUCUUCAAAGGUAAUUUCCUGAAGAAAGAUAAGGACUCAAGGAAGUCCAAGGAGUGUGAGUCAGGGAAAGGAGUAGGUGAGGAAGGAGGCAGAAGGACCCUCUCUAGGCUGUCACUGUCCAAUGGAGCAGCAGUAGGAGGAACUGGGGUGGAAGGACGCAAGUCUAAUGGCCAUCUGAGUGAUGCACUGGCAAACGGUAAGGUUGGACGAACCACAUCUGACAUCAAACGCUCCCAGAGUUCAUCCAACAUCCCCACCAAAGCGGAGCAGAGCGUGCGUAGGACAGCAUCUUUGCAUCGUACCGGGAUGCCUACAGCCCCAGCACUGUCCCGCAGCCUGACAACAGACAAACCGUCUUAUGGCACCCUGCAGAGGACUCGUUACAGCACAACCUCGCUGGGACGCAAAAGGACAGUCCCGGAGUCCAGCUUCUGACACAGAGAUAUUUAACACAUCCACACACUCGCAAAGCCUUUUAUCUGUUAUAAAGUGAAUGACAAGAGAUCAAAGCAAUAGCGCUCAAUUAACAGUGAUAUACCUUUUUGUUGCCAGAAAAUAAAAUGAUUUGCAACAUGGAACUGAGAGACACUCAGCAAAUGAAGGGUCCUUUAAUACUGGGAUAUAAAGAGCAGAAUGAAAUGAUGUGACCUGUCCAUCAAACGUCAGAGGGAAUCCAUUUUUAUUCUGUUUUUUAAGACUUAAAACAAGUGCCUGAGCAACGAAUAUGCAGUUUAGACCAGUGAGUUUGUCUGUUUAGCACUGGAAGCAUGAAAUCUUACACACACACACACACACACACACAUACACACAUAACAUCCACAUUUGUGUCUUAUUUUUGUAGUGUAUGUUGGAAUUCAUCACUCUAUUUUAAAAUGUUAUGUUUUUUUGCUUACAGUCAAGACAUACUGAUUGUGUUCAUUUUUAAGAAUGUAAUGUGUCCAGUUUAUUAACUUUGAUGCUUUGAGGUUGCAGGUUCUGAUUAACAUCAAUUAUUCAUAUUUAAUUAUGGCUUUGAACACAAGGCACUGUUUUUAUAAAGCACUGAUGUCUGGGUCCUCAUCGCAGUUGAUGUAAAGUUAAACCGACAUUGGAAAUACCAUGACCUCUAACUGUAAAAACUUGCUGGGUAUGAAUGGUUUUCUGUAGAAUUACUUAUGUGGGUCCUAAUUCUUUCUUGGCUAAAACAAUGAAUCCCUACUAGGACCAGCAGCACUUUAUAGCUGAGCCUGACUGACCUCCCUGUAGCGGAAGGGAAUUUACAAAAUACAUUUGUCUGCUGUGAAAUUUAAUGUUAAUGCCCACCCUUAGAGAAUGUUUUACACCUUUUUUAUAACAUCAAUUAACCCUGCUGAAUGCAUUCCAAUGUUGUGUUUUUUUCUACUGCUUUGGUAUAAUUACCAUAUUUGUCUUAGUUUAUAUUUUCCUGUGUUUUCCAGAACUUUAUCAACUGUCAAAUGUGCAUUUAGCUGUGGGUAAUAUGAAGGUGGUGUUCUAGUGAAGUUCUUGUUGAAAAUCUCUCUCUCAAAAAUAACUCCUUGCUCUUUGAUUGUGAGGAAUAUUCACCAGAACCUGACAUUCACUGAUGCAGAUUUUUGUAAUCAGUUAUCAGAAGGAGAAAUACUACACAAAACACCAAUAUUAGGGCUGCACGAUAUGGCAAAAAAAAAACCUCACUGAUAUUACAAGUUGCAAUAUUAUUCAUAAUUGGUGGGAAUGAUCAUUUUUCCAUCACAGUUUUCAUUUAACUAAAACAACUAUUAAAAUCAUGAUGUGACUUUUGUUGUUUGUGUGUUGUUUGUAGGCUGGGGCAUAUCAGCAGCACUACAGUAUUUAAUUAUAAUUUUCAUUUAAUCACAUUUUACCUUCAUCAAAAAAUUUUAGUUUCUGAUUGGCUCGGCCAUAUUGCGAUUUCGAAAAUAAUUCCAUAAAUUGUGCAGCCCUAACCAAAAUGGAUGCAAAAAUGCAAGUUGCACACUUUGUCCGUGUUUUAGGGCAGGGUUUAACAGAAUAGCAGUAAUCUGAAUAAUUUAAUCUUUGGAAGAUUCUUUUAAAAAUGAAGUGAAAUACAAUUCACAUUGUUAUUCUCUGUUUAUGUAUACAUUUACUGUAUGUUUACUGUCAGUUAAGCUGCUCUUCACCUCCCCAUGAAAACUGAUUUGCUUUUAAUAUUUGCUGGUAUAUGCUGACUUCUGCUAGAAAGUAAUACAGUAUACAAUGCACCUCUUCA